UGCCGCAGACUGCGCUCUGCAGGUUCGGGGGCGUCUCUGGUUUUGGGUUACGGGGCAUGGGGUCGCUCUUUCCGGGCGAAGGCAGCGGAUCGCGUUGCAACUGGGACCUUUCCUCUGGGCUGCCUGAUCAGAAAGGAGGAAGCAGCGAUGUCUGCCAUGGGGUCUGCAGCUCCUUACCUGCAUUACCCUGGCGAUAGUCACAGUGGCCGGGUGAGUUUCCUGGGGGCCCAGCUACCCCCAGAAGUGGCAGCAAUGCCCCGGCUCCUGGGAGACCUGGACAGGGGCACAUUCAGAAAGUUGCUGAAGCUGGUGGUCAGCAGUCUACAGGGAGAGGACUGCCGGGAGGCUGUGCAGCACCUCAGGGCUGGUGCAGACCUGUCGGAGGAACGGCUGGGGGUCCUCCUUGCAGGCACAAACACACUGCUCCAGCAGGCCAUCCGCCUGCCUCCAGCCAGCCUGAAGCCUGACGCCUUCAAGGACCAGCUCCAGGAGCUCUGCAUCCCCCAAGACCUGGUCACAGACUUGGCCAGUGUGGUGUUUGGGAGCCAGCGGCUUCUCCUCAACUCCGUGGCCAGGCAGCAGGGGGCCUGGCUACCCCAUGUUGCCGGCCUGUGGUGGAGGGUGGAUGUGGCAAUCUCUACCAGUGCCCUGGCCCGCUCCCUGCAGCCAAGUGUCCUGAUGCAGCUGAAGCUUUCAGAUGGGUCAGCAUACCGCUUUGAGGUCUCCACAGCCAAGUUCCAGGAGCUGCGGUACAGCGUGGCCCUGGUCCUCAAGGAGAUGGCGGACCUGGAGAAGAGGUGUGAGCUCAAACUGCAGGACUGACCGUGCUUGUAGCCCCAUUGCAGUCACCUGGGAGAGCUGGCUCUGACAGGUGUCUCCAAACAAAGCCUGCCCUUCCAGGACGCAUUCUUCAGUGAGUUGUUUGACUGCAAUCAUGUCAUUGUCUGUUUAGUUGAGAAAGCUGGAUCCUCCCUUUUUAUUGGAAAUAAAGCAACUAUAAAAAAAAGUG